AUGAAUUAUUUUAAAUUAUAUUUGACCGAUGAAGUUGAUUCAUUUUAUUUCACAAAUUUUCAUUAUUGUUUAUUUGUAGUUGGUGAAUCUACAGCAUGCAAUUUGAUUUGUUUGCAUAAUUCCCAUUCUGUAUUGCAUAGUGUCAGUUUACCAGACGGUACACCGUGUUAUGCACAAAGAGAUGAUAUAUGCAUACAAGGCAAAUGUUGGGAAACUGGUUGUGAUGGUAUUUUAGGAUCACGAUUACGCUUUGACCGUUGUCGUGUAUGCGGUGGCGAUAAUAGUACUUGUGAAGAAAUUAAAGGUGUUUUCAAUGGAAAUACAUUAACCCAACCUGAUACUUAUCCACGUGGUUUAAUAACAGCUGUACGUAUCCCUAGAGGAGUUACUAAUGCAUUUGUUAGAAAGGUGUCUGAUCGUAAUACCGCCUUCUCCUCAGAUUCGUACGACGAUUUUAUGUUGUUGAUAUUUGAAGAAUUAAAAACUCAAAUACGUAGAGGUGAAACACAUGAACCAUUCGCUGGAGCUGAACUUUACUAUAGUGGUAGUCGUAGUCGUGAAGAAAUUGUUUCAAUUACUGGAAGACUCAAUAAAGAUGUGAAUAUUGUUAUUCGUGUUGAAAACUCGCAUACAACUCAUUCUUUACCAAGAGUGGAGUAUAGUUAUUUUAUUGAUAAAUCUCAAAAAAAUAAUUCAUUAUAUUUUAUCGCGGAAAAUGAAGCACGUUUAGCUGAAGAUAGAAUUAAUCGUCGUACAGGAAGAUCACAAAAUACUUUUCAAACAGUCGAUAAAUUGAUUAACUCUGUACAGAAUAAUCCAAGUGAAUUAGACAAUCGUAAAAUUAAGAAACAAAAACCACAAAUCUAUUUUGUAUGGAGAAUCAGUGAACUACCCACUGGUUGCACAACAUGUGCAGGAAAUGUCACAACACCUGCAGAAUGUUAUCCGUUGGUGCCGAAAGAUUCUGAGAGAAGUCAAUUUUCGCAGUUUGAUUUGUUCCGACCAGUUGCUGAUUAUCUAUGCGCCUCUAUGCCCAGACCACCACCUGUUUUCAGGCGUUGUUCCGACUAUUGUGGUGUACGAUGGUCAGCUAAACCAGUACAAUCGACGAAGUCAUCAAAUAAUAUUCAUGGAUUUAUUACCAGUAGUUGUUCAUCGCGAUGUAAUGAAGGUCAUGAAGCUAUUGAGUAUGUUUGCGAAGAAUAUAUUGUACCUGCUGAACAAAAAGACAAAUCGAAAGGAAUAUGGAGAGUUUCUCAACUAGGAGAAAUUGUAUGCUAUAAAGCAGGUUUAGGAAAAGCUCCAUCCCAACCAGCUUAUGUUACAUGUAAAGGUUCAUGUUAUCCUGUGUAUUGGGUUUUAUCAAACUGGACAGAAUGUACCAAUUCUUGCGGUGAUGGAACACGUAAACGAAUUCUUUAUUGUCAAGAUGAAAUUGGACAAAAUUGGCCUCUUAGUGAAUGUAUGAUACAUGGUGAAUCAAAUAUUCAACAUUCCAAAGCUCCAAAACAAUCAAUCAGUAUUCAAUCAGCUCAAGAAAUUAUUCAACAAUAUCAACAAAAUAACAAUUUUCAAAUAUCAUUUGAACACAACUUAUAUAUUGAACAAAUUAAUGAAUGUUUUUCUUUAUCAAAAUGUCGAAACGAUAUUAAUUGGUCAGUAACUGAAUGGUCUGAAUGUGAACCAUUAGAUGAACAAAUGAAAUCCGAUUGUCGUCUAGCUGAUAAUAUUACACAUCAUAAUGAUUUAAUUCAUAAAAUUAUUGGUGUUCAUUAUCGAAAUGUGUCAUGUAUUAUUGGAAAUAAUGAUAAUUAUCAUAAAUCACUUAACAAGUAUAUAAUAUCUGAUCAACUGACAUCUAGUUAUGGUAUGAACGAGAUACAAUUAGAUAUAAAUUUUUGUCGUAAAGCAAGUAUGCUUGGGGAACUAAUGCCAGAACCUUAUGAUCGUGAAGCGUGUACUCAACCACAAUGUUACAGAUGGGGAAAUGGACGAAUUUCUGCGUGUUCUGUUACUUGUGGCAAUGGUGUGAAACAAACGCAAAUCACAUGUGAACGUAUUAUGUUAAAAUAUGAUUUAGAUAAUAGAUCUAAUGAAAAGAAUAUUAUUUUAGAUGGAAUACAUACUGUAGAUAAUGAUAAAUGUAUACAAAAUCUUCAAUAUAUACCACGUUUAUUCAUUGAUCAAACAAAUAAUACACUAUUUGUAGAAACUAUUGAAAGACGAAUAGAUAAUAAACAAGAAAUGAUACCUUUAAAUGUUGAUAAUAUUAACAAACCAAUUGUAUUGAUGUGCAAUGAAGCUCCGUGUGAUUCACGUGUACCAGCUUGGAGGACUACAUCAUGGAGUGCUUGUUCCAGCUCUUGUGGUCUCGGUGUCAGGAAAAGACAAGUUAUAUGUGUAAUUGAAACACAAAAUACAAAUCUACAUAAACCUCUUUCAGAAUCAUAUACUUCUAUAUUUACAGCUAGUCGAUCCAAUGCUGAAGUAGUUGACUCACAAAUAUGUGAUAAUGCAUUACUGCCUAUGCCGACAGAACAAGAAACAUGUCUUGAAGCUCCAUGUCCUAUAUGGCAUGCUGAAGAAUGGGAAGAAUGUAUGGGUGAAUGUGAAUAUGGAGUACAACAUCGAAAAAUUAGAUGUAUUAUUGAAUUGAUUCCAUCACAACAAAUAAUAACUAAUCAUUCACAAAAGUUGGAAGAUGAUGAUAAUUCAUUACGUUUCUCAAUAAAUCACCUUGAUACUUCUCUAGUUCGACGAUCACGUUCAGCAAAUAUCAUGGAUAUUGAUGAACAACGUUGUCGAAAUGCCGGUCCUAAACCAAUAGCAGAAAGACCAUGUUUAAUAAAUAUAAGUUGUCCGUAUUGGUAUAAAAGUAAAUGGUCAAAAUGUUCAGUAAAAUGUGGCAUGGGGAUUCGAUCACGUCAAGUUGAUUGUCGAUCUCCAAAUGGAACUGUAAUUAAUGUUGAUGCAACAAAGGAUAAUCAGACAGUUUAUUACAACGCAGAUAUAUCUUAUGAAAAUUCACUACAACAUGUCAUACAAACUAUAAAAAAGAGUAGUACAAUAAUGCAUAAAUGUCAAAGUCCACGUCCUAUUGAUCGAAUUUCAUGUAGAACACGUCCAUGUACAGGAAUGAAAGUAUUCUGGUGGCCUGUUACAUCAUCUGAAUGUAGCGUAAAAGGAUGUGAAUUGACUAAACGUGAAAGAACAAUCAAAUGUAUCAAUCCGAAACGUGGCCCAGUUCAAGAUGAAGCUUGUAAUCAUCUAGAGAGACCAUUGAAUUGGACUAUUUGUGAAUUAUUUAAAUGCAAACGAUUUGAAUGGAGUACAGGACCUUGGAGUUUAUGUCCAGAUACUUGUGGAUCACGAAUAAGGUAUCGUCAUGUAAAAUGUGUGGAUGAUUUAGGUAAUGAAUAUUCAGAGACUUUAUGUCCAGCAAAUUUGAAACCCAGCAAUCGUGGUGUAUGUCCAAAUUUAUGUUCAGACGUCCCUAAAAGUUGUUGGGAGUUAAAACAUCGUUAUCCUUCAGCUGAUGAUGGUACAUAUCAGCUGUUAAUUGAACAAUCAUUAGUUUAUAUUUACUGUGCAAACAUGGAAUCAUUAAAUCCAUCUGAAUAUAUUAAUUUACGUCAAGUUAACUAUGCUUCAUCAUCAGAAUUCUUACAACCGUAUCCCGAUUCAAAAUGGUGUCCUUCAGUCAAUCAAACUGUUUCAAUGUUCAAUUCAUCUGAAAAUAUUCACCAAGCUAAUUCAAACGUUGAUUUAUCGACAGAUAUUACUGAAUCACUUUUAACUAGUAUGGAAGUUACUAGCGUCAACUGUCCCAAUUGUCCGACAGUGUCAAAUUUAGCAUCCAAAACAUUUUAUCAUAAAAUUAGAUUGGAUAUAUACAGUUUGCAAGUGAAAAUCGAUGACAGCCGAUUCUCUCAUACUCUCGGUCCAUCAAUGAUGCCAUAUGGGACUGCAAAAGAUUGUUUCUCAUCAACCACUUGUCCUCAGGGACAAUUUCAAAUUGAUCUGAGAGGUACAAAUUUCAAAGUGAGCGUUAAAACACGUUGGACCGUUAAUAAAAUUACUGACGGUGUAUCUCAUAUUCAUCGACUCCAAGAUGGUCAAUUAAUAUUUGGUCGGUGUGGAGGAAACUGUACAGGAUGUUGGCCUCAAUCUGGAUUAUUUCUUGAACUUAAACCAGACUGA